AGAUUGCUUAUGGAAAAUGCAAAAUAAGCAGGCUUCCAUUUUUGGGUUUGUAUCUCAUUCACGCGACCCGAUCAACUACUACUCCUAUACUUGCAUCCAUACACACACAAGCUAAUUAAUACGUACGUAUACAGUACUCCCGAAUUCUCUUCUCGAGAUCGCCAAAUGCCAAAUCUUUGACCUCCGAUCCCUUCCUCUGCAUUCAAACGCGCGCGAUCUACAUCUCUCCCCAGCCGUAUACGCGAAAUGGCGAUGGAAGCUGCGGAAUCCAACCACGACUCAUCUGCCGUCGACGAGCAACACGAGGAAUCUUCGCCUCGGGAUUCAUCGCCGCCUCCUUCGUCUCCUCCUCCUACUAAUCAAGACACAGAGAAGUCAACUUAUGUUAAGUUCCUUCUUUCAAAUCCCGAAGCUGGUUCUAUUAUUGGAAAAGGUGGCACUACAAUUAAUGACUUCCAAUCACGAUCCGGCGCUAGAAUUCAGUUAUCACGCAACCAUGAAUUUUUCCCUGGUACAUCUGAUAGGAUUGUGAUGGUAUCUGGGAUUGUUGAUGACAUACUCAAGGCACUUGAUCUUAUUCUUUCAAAAUUACUGGAUGAGUUUUUUGUUGAUGAAGGCGGUGAUGCUGAGCCACAAUCAAAAUUUAGAUUAAUUGUGCCCAAUGGUUCUUGUGGUGGAAUAAUAGGGAAAGGAGGAGCCAUCAUUAAGACAUUCAUUGAAGACUCUGGAGCUGGAAUAAAGAUUUCUCCUCAAGACAAUAGUUUACCUGGGUUUCAUGAUAGGUUGGUGACUGUAACUGGUACUCUUAAUGAACAAAUCCGAGCUACUGAAUUGAUUUUGUACAAGUUGGCAGAAGACACUUCAUAUAUGCAGUCCAUGAAUGCCCCAUUUCCAUAUUCAGCAGCGUAUAUGGGAAUGAACUAUGCACCAAAUGGAGUUGGAGGGAGAUUUCAGAAUAACAGAUACCCAAACAAGUUGCAGGAGGAUAGGAGCGACUCCGUGACAAUAGGGGUUGCUGAUGAGCAUAUUGGAUUGGUGCUCGGACGGAAUGGGAGAAACGUCAUGGAAAUAAGUCAGCUUAGUGGAGCAAGGAUAAAGGUCUCUGACCGGGGUGAUUUCAUAUCCGGGACUUCUGACAGGAAGGUAACAAUUACUGGCUCCCAAAGAUCAAUUCGUACAGCUGAGGCUAUGAUCUCCAGGAAAGUAGCUUCUGUCGUUGAGAGGUGAUGGAAGGGAAGGGGCCUACAUUAGCUUGUUGAGAAGGUUGUUCUUAAUGGUCACAUUCUAAUUUGCGAAGUCUUGAACUGCUUAUCUGAGGCAAGGAGAGCAAGUUUUUAUAGAAGCAAGUUAAGCUUUUAGGCAUAAGUGAUCAUAAUUUAUUUAAUCGAAAAGGGAUAUUAUUAGUUGGUGGUUGGUACAUCUGACAGUAGCGUUAUUGAGAAUACUUCCCGAAAAUAAUUAUUAUCUAUAAUCUAUAAUUUUUGAGAUACUCAGGGACAUUACAUUGGAUGUGCCACUAUGUUUGGGAAGUUUAAUUACUCCGUAUAUUGCUUCUGUACAAAAUAUGGUUAUUGUUAUCAAGA